GACGGUUCCUAUUGAGAGACGGGCUGUGCGGGGGGAUUCAGAAGUGUUUGCCGCUCAAACUUCCAGAAAAAGACAAAGGUGAGGCAAAUCUCCCAUAUCACCAAAUCCCAGAAACGUUUAAGCCUUCAUUGAAUGAAUCUAUGCACCCUGACUCAACUUCAGAAGUUUGAAUCCCUGCAAUGUCAACUCUUCUCAGAUACUGAAGCUUUUCCAACUAAAUCCCAUAAAGUUUGAUCAUUUGAAUCAUUUCUUUGGCACCCAGAUGAUGGAUGGUUGCAAAAAAUCCUCCACACCGGGCCAGUCAUACAAUUCUCUCUAUGUCAAUCCCCUCACUGAGCUCAGGCAUGGCCGUAGCUGUAGCCACGACUAUGGCCGUUUAGCUAACAAAGGUGACGACUUUGAAGAUUUCGCUCACCGAAGCACGAGAAUCUUGACGGAUAACAAAGAGAAUGCGACGCCUAACAAGAAAGAAACUGUAGCUUCUUCUGGUGAUGACAAGGAAAACGCAGUGCCCAAAAAGUUCUCGAAUUCUAGGUCUCUGUCCACUGAUAGGAUCUUGAAGCCUACUUCGCUUCAGUUCUGCAUGCAAAUGAAUGAUUCUGAAAAAGCUUUUGGGUCUAAGAUAUGGGAUCGUUUUGAUUUGGAGAAUUCGAGCUCUCUGAAUGCUUGGGACUUUUCCGAUUCUGAGGCAGCUCCAGCUUCAUCGUGGUCAACUCUGCCAAAUAAGUCUUUGGUCUGUAGACCAUUGCCCGCUGAUGUUGGAAGAUGUACAUGUGUUAUUGUGAAGGAAGCAUCGCCAGAAGGACUAUCUGGAGGCACAUUGUUUUCUCUUUAUACCUAUGAAGGCAAAGGACGGCAGAAUAGGAAACUGGCUGUGGCUUACCAUAAGAGGCGAAAUGGGAGGUCUCAAUUCACCAUAGCUCAGAAUGUAAAAGGACUUUUGUCCAGUUCAGAUGAUAGUUUUCUUGGAACAGUGAUAGCCAACUUCAUGGGUUCAAAAUACCACAUAUGGGAUCAGGGAUAUCGUCAUGAUUGCUGGGGUAAACAGCCAAAACCACCUCUUGCUGUUGUGGCAUUCAUCCCAACUAUAGCAACAUGUACAGGAAGUUACAGAGGCAUGAGGGCAUAUGUACCCAAACAUCAAUCUAUGUCACUGAAGAACACAAGUCAGGUACAACAUAUCAAAGGACUGCCAACAGAUUGGGAGGAAAAGCUGGACAAAGUGCAUCAACUAUACUCAAGAGUGCCAAUUUACAACAAGAUUUCAAAGCAGUUUGAACUGGACUUCAGAGAUAAAGGAAGACCAGGACUUCAGAUCCAGGCAUCAGUUAAAAAUUUCCAGCUCACUUUGGAGGAGAAUGGGAAGCAAACAAUUCUGCAGUUAGGCAGGGUGGCAAAAUCAAAGUUUGUUUUGGAUUACAGAUAUCCCUUGACAGGUUACCAAGCAUUCUGCAUAUGCUUAGCUUCCAUUGAUACAAAGCUUUGCUGCUCAGUGUAGCCGGCCCGCAACGCCAUCACUUUUGUUCAACCUCUGAACACAAAAAUGGUUUUUUUUUUUGGUUGUGCUUUCAAGUUGAAAGUUAGGAAGUUAAGAAAUGGCUUAUGGGUUUCUUAGAGUUCAAAAUGUCUAUCAGUUUCUACUUCAGGAACUUCGAAAUUAAGCAACUUCAUGCAUAAAAUCUUUGUGCUCAGUGAUCAGAUUAUUUCUUUCAAGAGUUAUGCAGAGUUGGUUGCCAUUAUCUCUAGAUCUGAAUGGUCCUCUCAAUUAGACUCUGAAGAUAUUCUUUUGAGAAGAUAUGAUCUAUAUAUAGAUCUACAUUCUCUUUUGU